CGUCUCGAUCUCGGGGCAUUGUUGCCGCUUCCACAACGACAUAACAACUUGACUCUGAGCUACAACCCCACCACAUUUACGGGCGUGGGCUCGUACCGCCAUGUCGGGUCGAGCAGAGACAAUAGUUGCGCACGUUGAAGACGUGGACGAGUUUGACAACAUCAUCGAGGAAUCGUGUCGUUACGCAUCUUCGGUUGCCCCAGGCAGCCCAGCAAAGCAGCAGCCAAACACCGGGCGAGCGAGAAGGGAGAAGGCCAGGAGAGGUUCUUCCUCCCCUAUUACCACGAGCGUCGUCACCGACUCCGACUCCACGCUGCACCCUAGGAGAGACUCGCUCAAGAAAUCGAGCAAGGAUCGUGAGAAGUCGGUUAGCAAAAAGGCGCUCAUGGCUGCCUCACGCCCACCAGUCAAGCAUGCGAAGACGGCGCAAGGCAUACCAAGGAGAGAUGAGUCGGCCUACUAUGGUGUCGACCCCACCAUCACCCCAGCCGUCUCGCGGCCUCGGGCCCAGAGUAGGCCAUCGAGCUUUUAUGCCUCAGGGAGGCCACCACCAGCAAACGCCAGGUUUUAUGCAAACCAAACUCCGGGCCCCCCGUUGCCCACCUCGUUCCCUCCCCCUUCGUGGAUGGGACCAGGACCUGGACCAGGACCAGGAGGACCGGGGCCGGGGCCGGGGCCGGGACCGGGACACGGACAUGGACACGGACAUGGACACGGACCGUCACCUUUUGGUCAACCGUCGCCAGCCCCUCUCGUCAUGCACCACCCCCCUCCUCCUCCAACGUCGGACUAUUUCGCCCGUCCGCUUGAAUCUCGCUUUGGGUCCCGACCACAGUCUUCUAUGGGCUUUCGGCCACCCCGCGCCAUUGAGUACGAUGACUACGAAGAGCCUGUUGAGAAAGCAUUAGCACGACGGCCUUCGACGACUCGAAGAGUAUCCAAGAACGAUGAAGACAGGAAGGCGAUGCCUCCGCCACGCAGGCCAUCGUCUGCCCGCCCGACCACACUUCCAUUCCGCCCGCCACCGUCCACACCGGCCAGGCGAAGGGGCGACUUUGAUGAGCACGACCCCGACGUCGAUAAUGCUCUUUUUUCCGACCUUUCACCAAUGGCACCAGUGGGCUAUGACUUCAGCCCUAUCCCUUUUCGGCCACGCCCAAACUUCGGUGCCGACUUGGGUUACGACGUGCCUGAUCAACAAACCGAAGUAGCUGGACACCGCCGGCGCAAUUCGUAUUACGGUGGCAACUCGGGGUCUUCCGGGAGUGCAUACGAGGACAAGAUGCGGCAAGCUAGUCGUUACCAGGACGACAUUAUCGCCGUGCCCCAAAUGCCGCUGACAGCAGAGACGCUUCGAAAGGCAGGCAAGAGUGGCACCAGCAGCAGGUCCACCAGGAGCUCAGGAAGCCAUGACGAGAGCGACUACAGGCAGUCGGCAACAACGCGGACCACGAGGUCGACGGCGCCGAACAAUGACGAGGAUGUUACAAUCCGCGUGAAAGGGAGCACGGUGCUCAAGUUUGGCAACACAGAGAUGCAGUGCCAGGACGGAGCCGAGAUCAACAUCACCUCGAGGAGCGGCAACCCCGAGAUCCGGGCCGCCGACAGCGACAGGUCGAGCUACGUCGACCAGGACGACCGCCGGACCAGGGUCGAUAUUCCCACCCAGUCACGCCUGCGCGCCACGUCACGGGCCAAGUCUCGGCCGAGGUCGUUCUCUCGCUCCUUCUCCAAGUACGAGGUCGCCGCUCCCAACAAGUACGAUGUCGCCACCAGGUACGACACUGGGCCCAAGUACGACGCCGUCACUGACUACGACGCGUACACCACCUACGCCCCGCCGCUGCCGCCACCCUACCCCGAAUAUCCCUCGUCGUUCUCAUCGCGACAUGGCGAUGGGUACUUUGGCGGCCCACCACCACUGUAACGCGUCACAACAUGAGAUGAAUGACGAGGUUGGAUGAAAACGUACCUGAUGAUGACGGGGCCAUCGACCCGACGACGACGACGACGACGACGCCGAGACGUUUGAGAGAUGAUAAUGACGCUGAUAAUGUUUCCGUGCACAUAACGGCCGGCAUUUCCAUUUACCUUUGUUUUGCGUCUUCCUGGCGGUACCUAUCUGAUAUGAUCUAGCGAGCGUUGGCUUAUUUGCUUUGCUUCGUUUCGUGCUGCUUGGGGGGCAAUACCUUUUGUA